AUGGAUGGAUAUCAAAAUUUCUUACCAAUUCCGCCAGAAAAUAAUACGUGGUUACUUUUAUUGGAUGAUUUUUCACAACUUCAACAACAACAACAACAACAACAACAACAACAGCAACAACAGCAACAACAACAACAACAACAACAACAACAACAACAACAACAACAACAACAACAACAACAACAACAACAACAACAACAGCAACAACAACAACAAUUCCCACAACAAUAUACAAAUGAUGGAAUAAAUGUCCAAAGUAUCGAAUCAAAUAAUUACUUAAAUAAUAAUAAUUUUAAUUUCAAUGAACGACUUGAAUCAUUACAAAAGCAACAACAAGAACAACAAACACAAAUCCAACAACAAUUACAAAAUUAUCAACAACAAUAUCAAGAUCAAUAUCAACAACGUCAACAACAAUAUCAAGACCAAUAUCAAAAACCUUAUGAAUUACCUUCACAAUAUAUUGAUCAAUGUAAUCAAAUAUUUUCAAAUUAUAAUAAUAAUAACAAUAUUACUAGUAUAAAUUAUAAUAUGAAUAACAAUAACAAUAGUAAUAAUAGUAAUAAUAAUAGUAAUAAUAAUAAUAAUAAUAAUAAUAAUAAUAAUAAUAAUAAUAAUAAUAAUAAUAAUAAUAAUAAUAAUAAUAAUAAUAAUAAUAAUAACAAUAAUAAUAAUAAAACAACCGACAAUAUUAAUAAUGUAAACAGUAUAAAUAAUUUAAAUAAUAUAAAUCUUGGUGCAAAUAAUGUAAAUAAUAAUGUAAAUAGUAAUGUAGUUAGUAAUGUAAAUAAUAAUGCAAUUUCCCAAAAUAAACCAAUAUUUCCACCCUUUAAUGAUAAUCCAAUAAAUAUACAACAACAGCAACAACAACAACAACAACAAGAGUGUUACAAAAUACCUCAAUACAAAAUUAGUUUGGAUAAUACCAAUAAUCCAAUAAUUACGCCAACAAUUACACCAACUCUUACUACAUUUCCAACAAUAACACCAACUCUAAUUACGCCAACAACAAUUGCACCAAUUACACCAACGCCAACACCAACACCAAUAUUAACAACAACAACAACAAAAACAACAAAAAUAAAUUUAGAAGAAACAAAUGAAAAAACCAAAAUUAUAAAUGAAACUAAAAAACAAGAAAAAUCAACAGAAUCAAUUAAAAAAAUGAAUCAAAAUAAAGCAAGUAGAAAUUAUAGACAAAAAAAGAAAGAUUAUAUAAAGGAGAUUGAGGAUAAAUUAUCAUUAUUAGAAAUGGAGAAUAGUAAAAUUCAAAAAGAAAAUCAAACUCUAAGAAAAACAGGUUCUGUCGAUUUAAUGAAACCAAGUAAUGAUAUAAUGAAAAUGAUGACAGAUUGUAAAACCAUCACAAAUCAAUUAAAACUAUCAUUGGAGAGGAAUGAUGAUAGAUCAUUGAUUUAUCUAUUACAUCAAUAUCAUCGUGUUAUUGAAGAGAGAUACUCACAUAUUGAAUACGAGGCUGAAAAAGUUGCAAAUCCAUACGUUCAAUUAAGAUUAUCAAUCGUAGGUUAUACACCAGGUCAAUUUUGUCCAUUUGUUUUAAAUAUUUUCAAUGAUAAUAAUGAUGAUGGUGAUAAUCAAAAGGUAACUAAUGAUCAUAAUUGGUAUAACACUUUUAAAAAAGAAGCAAAUAUUACACCUGAACAAUCAAAUAAAUUGGAUUCAAUUCGUUUUCAACAUACUAAAGUUAGUGCAUCAAUGUUUAAAGAAAUUCAAAUGUUAGAUUUAGAGAUAAAAUCAUUUUUUUAUAAAUUUAUAUUCUCAUAUCCAUCUGAUCCAUUAUCUUCAUUAAAUCCAACUGAAUUAGUGUACAAUUCAACAACAACAACACCAAUUGAUUCUUAUUCACUACCUGCUAUUGAUAAACAAUUAGAACUCGCAGGUAAAUUAGAAUCUUUAAAAAAUAAACUCACUUUGAACGGUGGUUUAAUGUUGGAUACAUUUUCAUCAAUUUCUUCAUUAUUAACACCAAGACAAGAAGCCAUAUUUUUGGUUGGGGUUGAUCCUUAUGCAUUUAUAAAUUUCUCUCAUUUUGAUAUAAUAAAUGAUGUUUGGUCAAAUAUUAUUAAUAAACCAUUCUCUGGCCCAGUUCAUAUGGCUCAAUCUUUAAAUAAAAUGUUUAAUCACAGUUAA